AUGGGUGCCGAAACAGUUCCAUUGCAGGAACGCCUCGAGCGUUGGGCUCAGAGGCUGCAAAACCUCACCGUCUCCCCGCUGACCCGCGACUAUCCCGACAACCAGAACCAGGAGCUACCCAAGCGGGCCAUCGAAGCUUUCGAAUCGCUCAAACUUCCCAAUGAGACGGCGUCAGCAGUGAAGAAUAUCUCUGGGGCUUGGUCGGAAUUCACAGUUUUCCUCACCGCGUUUGUAGUGCUCGUCGCUCGGUUGACCGGUGAUGAGGACAUCGCUAUCGGCACUAGUCUUGGUGACGAUGGCCGUCCUUUUGUCUUGAGAGUCCCAAUUGAUCCCUCAGAGACUUUUUUACAGCUAUAUGCCAAGGUUCAGAAGGCCUACGAUGAAGGGUCCGCCGAAAUCGUGCCAUUGGGCAGUCUACGAUCCUAUAUUCAGGAGAAAUCACAAUCCGAGAGAACGCCUGUCCUCUUCCGAUUCGCCGCCUACGAUGCCCCUGCUGCAUCGCAGGAGUACCCGGCCAAUACCUUUGAAACGACGGAUCUGGUGGUCAAUGUGGCGCCCGCAAGCACCUCUGAUGGAGCGACGGAGUUGGGAGCGUACUACAACCAGCGCUUGUUCUCCAGUGCUAGGAUUAGCACUAUCUUGAGCCAGGUGGCUCAAUUGGUUAAGAAUGCCACAAGCGACCCGGAGACGGCAAUUGGGCGCAUUGAUUUUAUGACACCGGAGCAGCGCGCUCUUCUCCCCGACCCAACUGCUGACCUGCACUGGUCUAAAUUCCGGGGCGCCAUCCACGAUAUAUUUGCUGAGAACGCUGAGAAGCACCCGGAAAAGCUUUGCGUUGUCGAGACGAAGUCCGCCACUUCUUCUCACCGCGAGUUCACUUAUAGACAAAUCAAUGAGGCGUCAAACAUCCUUGGUCAUCACCUGGUUGAGGCUGGCGUUGAGAGGGGCGAGGUUGUCAUGGUGUACGCUUACCGUGGCGUUGACCUUGUCGUGGCCGUGAUGGGUAUUCUCAAGGCCGGUGCGACGUUCUCUGUUAUUGAUCCUGCGUACCCUCCUGAGAGACAAUGUAUCUACCUUGAUGUGGCACGACCCCGGGCUCUUAUCAACAUUGCGAAGGCUACCAAGGAUGCUGGUGAGCUGUCGGAGAAGGUACGCACGUUCAUCGAUGAGAACCUGCAGCUUCGGACUGAGAUCCCCGCUCUCGCGCUGCUUGACGAUGGUUCGCUUUUGGGCGGUUCAGUCGAUGGCCAGGACGUGCUGGCUAAGCAGGUGCCAUUGAAGUCCAAGCGCGUGGGCGUUGUUGUUGGCCCUGACUCUACUCCUACUCUAUCGUUCACUUCCGGCUCCGAGGGUAGACCCAAGGGUGUCCGAGGUCGUCACUUCUCUUUGGCGUACUAUUUCCCAUGGAUGUCUGAAACAUUCAAGCUUACUCCCAACGACAAAUUUACCAUGCUUAGCGGGAUCGCUCACGACCCGAUUCAGAGAGAUAUUUUUACUCCUCUGUUCCUCGGUGCCCAACUUCUGGUUCCGGCACGCGAAGAUAUUCAGAACGAAAAGCUUGCUGAAUGGAUGCGGGAUUACGGUGCCACUGUCACUCACCUUACACCUGCUAUGGGUCAAAUCCUCGUUGGAGGCGCCUCUGCCCAGUUCCCUACCCUUCACCACGCUUUCUUCGUCGGAGAUAUCUUGAUCAAGAGAGAUUGCCGCUCAUUGCAAGGGCUGGCCCCGAAUGUCAACAUUGUCAACAUGUACGGAACGACCGAGACACAGCGUGCUGUCAGCUACUUCGAAAUCCCCAGCUACUCGAGCAACGGUGGGUACCUGGACACCAUGAAGGACGUUAUCCCGGCGGGUCGGGGAAUGCUCGACGUGCAGAUGCUGGUCGUCAACCGCUUCGAGCCUAGCCGCAUCUGCGCUAUUGGCGAAGUGGGUGAGAUUUACGUUCGUGCAGCUGGACUUGCGGAAGGAUACCUUGGUUCACCGGAACUGAACCAGAAGAAGUUCCUUACGAACUGGUUUGUUGACCCUAAGACGUGGGUCGAGAAAGAUGCCGCAGAGUCGCAGGGUGCGAAUGAGCCCUGGAGAGAGUUCUAUGUUGGACCCAGGGACCGUCUCUACCGAAGCGGUGACCUUGGUCGAUACACUCCUUCCGGAGACGUCGAGUGCUCUGGUCGUGCCGAUGACCAGGUGAAGAUCCGUGGUUUCCGUAUUGAGCUGGGUGAAAUCGAUACCCAUCUCUCCCGUCACCCUCUUGUAAGAGAGAACGUGACGCUGGUGCGUCGUGACAAGUUCGAAGAACCUACCCUCGUCAGCUACUUUGUGCCCAACAUGAAUAAGUGGGCCUCGUGGCUGGAAGAAAAGGGCCUCAAGGACGAUGAUUCUGCCGAAGGAAUGGUGGGCAUGCUUAGGCGAUUCCGUCCUCUUCGUGACGAUGCCCGUGAACUACUCCGCAGCAAGCUUCCCACCUAUGCUGUGCCAACGGUGUUCAUUCCGCUCAAGCGCAUGCCAUUGAAUCCCAACGGAAAGAUUGACAAGCCCGCUCUGCCUUUCCCUGAUACCGCCGAACUCAGCGCGGCCGCUCCUCAACGCAGGCCUUCAGCCUUGAAGAACCUCUCCGAGACCGAACAGGCACUGGCUCAAAUCUGGGCUUCGCGCAUCUCCAACGUCACUGCUACCAUGAUUGGCCCUGAUGAUUCGUUCUUCGAUCUCGGAGGACACAGUAUUCUCGCGCAACAGAUGUUCUUCGACCUUCGACGCAAGUGGCGCGGCAUCGACAUUAGCAUGAAUGCCAUCUUCCGUAGCCCUACCCUCCGCGCCUUCGCUGCAGAGAUUGACCGCCUGUUGAGCGCCGAAUCCUUUACCAGCAACAAUGAGACUGCUGCGAACUCCACAGCGGCCGCCAACGAGCCCAACGACGAGUACUCCCGUGAUGCCCGCAAACUGGUAGACACUUUGCCAAACUCCUUCCCAACCCGCACAGAGGACAUGCUCUCCGCUGAACCGACCAUCUUCCUCACCGGUGCUACCGGUUUCUUGGGUGCCCACAUCCUCCGCGACCUCCUCACUCGCAAAUCACCUUCAGCGAAGGUAAUCGCUCUUGUCCGUGGCAAGAGCGCCGAGCAAGCCCUCGCGCGCAUCCGCUCCACUUGCCGAGCCUACGGCUUCUGGGACGAAUCCUGGACAUCCCGCCUUGAGUGCAUCACCGGCUCCCUCGGCGACCCCCGCUUUGGCCUCACAGACGCCUCUUGGGACGACCUUACCAACCGCGUCGACGCUGUCAUCCAUAACGGUGCCCUUGUUCACUGGGUCUACCCCUACUCCACUCUUAAGCCGGCUAACGUGCUUGGCACUAUUGACGCCCUCAAGCUCUGUGCAACCGGCAAGCCGAAGCAGUUCUCUUUCGUCAGCUCAACCAGUGUCCUUGACAGCGACCACUACGUCCAGGAAUCCGAGCGCAGCAUUGCCGCCGGCGGUGCUGGUAUCAGCGAAGAUGACGACCUGGAAGGUAGCAGCGUCGGCCUGGGAACCGGCUACGGCCAGAGCAAGUGGGCCGGUGAGUACCUCGUUCGGGAAGCAGGCAAGCGCGGUCUCAAGGGAACGAUCGUCCGUCCUGGUUACGUCCUAGGUGAUUCUAAGAGCGGCACAACGAACACCGACGACUUCCUCAUCCGCAUGAUCAAAGGCUGCAUCCAGCUCUCGGCCCGCCCCAACAUCAACAACACCGUCAACAUGGUCCCCGUCGACCAUGUCGCCCGCGUUGUCAUCGCCGGUGCCUUCCAGCCUCCCGUUUCCCCCAUCGGUGUCGCCCAAGUCACUGGCCACCCGCGCCUGCGGUUUAACCAGUUCCUUGGCGCUCUGCAGUUGUACGGGUACAACGUGCCGCAGGUUGACUACGUGCCCUGGUCGAAGCUGCUUGAGCAGUAUGUUAACAGCGGCGAGCACGACGAUUUAGAGUCGCAGCAUGCACUGAUGCCUCUCUAUCACUUCGUCACAGCGGACUUGCCCUCCAACACGAAAGCUCCCGAGCUAGACGACGUCCACGCCGCUGCUUCCCUUCGCGCCGACGCUUCCUGGUCAGGCGUCGACGUGUCAGCCGGCGCCGGUGUAACCGAGGAACUGGUUGGUUUGUACACCUCGUACCUUGUCUCCGUUGGAUUUUUGCCGCCACCGACAGAGUCUGGUGCACGACCACUGCCGGCUGUAUCGAUCACGGAUGAUCAGCGUGAGGCGAUGGCGGGUGUUGGUGGACGUGGUGGAACUGCUUGA